AUGGACGAGGAAGAAAACAUCGCUAAGGCCGAAAAGGUUGCGUUUCUUCCUACCACUUCACCGACGAAGAAGACUUUCUCUGCAGUAACGAAAGGAUUGGUGCUCGCGGUAGCGGCGCGCAAGGCCAAUGAGACUACGAAUAACAAUGGGUUACCACUGAAGCCACUGAAGAUGGAGGAGAGCAUAAGGACCAUGACAGUUUUCCAGGCUGCAAGACAAGGCCUAGUGGAUGUCGUCCGCACUCAUAUAGAACAUGACAUCAACCGGGCAAACGAAGUCGAAAUCACGACUGGCUUCACACCCCUGCACCAAGCUGCUAGAUUCAACAGGGUGGAGGUAGUGAACCUUCUUCUGGACACGCAGUCACCUAAUCGGAGGAAUGAAAGCUUUACUUCGAACAAUGGGAAGCAAGAGAAUGACUUCCGGAAGGUCAAUAAUGCGUCGACUGGGCAAGUCGUCGUUCCAGAUGUCAGCGACAGGCAAGGGACCACACCUCUCCACCUAGCGGCCAGAUACAACUCCACUAAUGCCCUGAAGUCCCUAAUGAAACACGGCGCCGACGUGAAUGUCAAGGACAGCCGAGGAAAGUCACCCAUUCAUCUUGCGGCGAGGAGGAAGUUUGAUAAAAUUGUUGCUGAGCUCCUCACGCCGGACAAUACCGAGCUUGAAAUCCAGGAUGAAGAUAAUAACACGCCUCUCCAUGCGGCGGCUCACGGCGGAUGCAGGAAAACAUGUGAGGUCCUGAUCGAUCGUGGUGCUAAUAUCUGGGCGAUGGACGUUAGUCUGACUACACCCUUGAUGCUGGCGGCAUCGGUCGGUAGUUCUGGUGCUGUAACUAAGCUCAUUGAAGCCGUGGAGAAGAGUGCGCCGAAGCGGAAGGCCGAGUAUCUCUCUUUGCAGGAGGAUGAGGGCAGUAACGCCCUCCACAUCGCAGCGCAGAACGCAGAAGCAGAUAUCGUCAGCAUACUGUUAGAUAACGGACUAGACAUAAACUCCAGAAAGAAAAAUGGUCAGACGGCCCUUCACGUAGCGAUAACGAGCGGUUCUCUUGAGGUCAUCACCAUUCUUCUGAAGAGGAAGGCAGCUGUCAACCACCGAGACCAGGACCAGAUGACGCCCGUACACAAGUAA